ACCGUCAUCUUCCAUUAAACCUAGCAUCAACAAUCUCUUGCUUUCUGGUUAUGGCUUCCAAGCUAUAUAAUCGCUAAAAGCAAGAGAAAACUGAAAACCCCGUAAAAGGGUUUUGUUUUGUUUCUUUUAGUUUUAGUUUAGAUAUUAGGGUAUUUCGAUGGCAGGUGAUUGUUGUUCAAGUUCGAGUUCUACGAGCGGAGAGAAGCAAAAGGUGCAAGGCGGCCGGCAACAACAACAACAGAAACAGAAGAAGGAGAAACCAUUCAGAGGGAUAAGGAUGAGGAAGUGGGGGAAAUGGGUGGCUGAAAUCCGAGAGCCGAAAAAGAGGUCCAGGAUUUGGCUGGGUUCUUACACCACGCCGAUAGCCGCCGCUCGUGCCUACGACACCGCCCUCUUCUACUUGCGUGGACCUUCGGCUAGGCUCAACUUCCCCGACCUUUUAUCACAAGAAGACGAUCAACUUAGGGACAUCUCCCCCGCUUCCAUUCGCAAGAAAGCAACCGAGGUCGGCGCUAAAGUUGACGCUAUACAAACCGGCUCACUUCAUCAUCAUCGUCGUCGUGCUUCUACUUCAUCGGAAUCAUCGAACCCCGAUCGAGUCUCCUCGAAGCCUGAUUUGAACAAGUACCCAGAAUCUUCCGGUGAAGAUUGAAAUGAUAUAUAACAAAACAAAACAAAAAUAACUGUUCAUAAACAUCAGUGCUUUGUUCAAGUCUUUUUUUAUUCUCUCAUGGAAUAGUAAGUUGUCAAAGAAUAGAAUCAAUAAAGAAAAAAAAUGGGUUGAUUCCGUUUGAUAAGGUUAGGUUUUUUUUCUUUUUACUUUGGAUUGCAACUUGUAAUAUGGAUGAUAUAGUGAUGAAACAGGA